AUGGAUGAAAAUAGUGACGUCAAUUCGCCAACUCAAAGGAAAGCAUCAAGAGAAAAGGAAAAGGAUGUCGAGAAAGAGAUAUUCAAGCCGAAGAGAAAAUACCCAGGAUUCCGAAAAAAUCUCCACGAUUAUUUCCAUGAAUUCAGCGAUUACACCGGUAUCCAUGGAUUCAAAUAUAUGGGUGAACGAAAUAGAACAAUGUGUGAAAGGAUAUGGUGGAUGAUUCUCUUCUGCAUAUCCCUAUACGCCUGCGUCGAUCUUAUCAUCAAAACCUGGGUCAAGUGGGACACCUCUCCUGUGCUGGUCAGCUUCGCCAGAAGCCCCACGCCCGUAUGGCAGGUGCCGUUUCCCGCCAUCACCAUUUGUUCUGAAACAAAGGCGAGACAGAGGGUUUACAAUUUCACAGACGCCUAUGAUCGAGUCGUGCACGGGGCGAAUAUGACAGACGAAGAAUGGAAACGUUUCUCCGACAGUUCUUUGAUAUGCGACAAUCAUCUAUAUACAAGUGGAGAAAAAGUUACGGGAUUCGAUACCAUCGAAUAUCUUAUGAGUAUUGCGCCUCAAUUUGAAGAUGUCUUCUUCAAUUGUAAAUGGACAUUGUUGAAUGAAAGUUGCGAUAAUAUGUUCACACCUAUACUAACAGAAGAUGGCUUGUGUUUUACAUUCAAUAUGUUGGAUAAGAGCGAACUUCUUCGUGAUAAAGUGUUUUUACACGGAGAUUAUAUGAGUCAUGGCAGAAAUGCAGAAGGUUGGACUCUGGAAGAUGGGUAUCCGAAGACAGCUAAGAAAGACACGUUUCCGAGAAGAGCGUUAUCAGCAGGAUUUUCGGCAGGAUUAUUCUUAGUCCUGAAAGCAUACGAGCCUGAUCUCGACUAUAUUUGCAGAGGACCUGUACAGGGAUUCAAGAUACUCCUCCACCACCCAGCAGAGGUACCCAGAGUGGGCACCCAAUACUUCCGCGCACCCCUGAACCAGGAAGUGGUGGUCUCUGUCAAACCGGACAUGAUGACGACAGCGCCCGGCCUGCGGAACUACGACCCGCACCGCAGACAGUGCUUCUUUCCCUCCGAGCGGUACCUGGCGUACUACCAGAGCUACACGCAGCAGAACUGCCAGGUGGAGUGCCUGACCAACUUCACGCUGGCGAGGUGCGGCUGCGUGGCCUACCACAUGCCACAUGAAGAAUAUACACCGAUAUGCAGUUCAGGAAGCCAGGUGUGCAUGUUCCUAGCAAAAACUGAACUCCUCGAAAAGGAAGUGGAAUCCGGCAUAUCGAAUUUGGAAUCAGAGAACAUGAAUAUAUCUUCAUCUGUAUGCGACUGUCUGCCAGCGUGUACGUCACUGACCUACAAUGCCGAGUAUUCUCAAGCGCAGUACGAAUGGCCAAAGCUGUUCCAGGCUUUCAGGGUCAACUUCAGUGAAUUUCCAGGGGUGCAGUUGACCAGACUGACGAUCUUCUUCAAAGAACAGCAAUUCAUCACGUCGGAGAGGAACGAGCUGUACGGCCAAACGGACUUUCUGGCUAGCUGCGGCGGUAUCCUCGGCCUGUUCAUGGGCUUCUCUGUCCUUUCGUUGGUCGAAAUGAUCUACUUCCUGUGCUUGCGGAUGCUGUGCAACGUCAAAAGAUACGGCAGGCACUAUUGGUCGGGGUCACCGGAAUUGGUUAACAAUGAUGCCUACGUUCAUAAUUAUUGA